AUGAUCCUGAAAAAAGUGGACAGUUUGUACGUGGAAGAGAGGCGCCAGCUGAGGGUACAAAUAGAAUGGACGGACUCACUCCUCCUCUUCCAGGCUCAUUACCAUCUCUACGAUGAUGUGGCUCGAAUUCACAACUACCAAAUGAGGCGGGAGAUCAGCGCUCUCCAGGCUGAAAAUUAUAGUUUGGAGAGGCAAUUGUUCAGUUAUCAACGGUCAAUAGCCCUAGCACACUCUAGGGGCCAGUAUUCAGAAGAUACAGAUGAAAUCGGGGAUUUUCGAUAUAGAGAUGAGGCCCAUGAUCGUCCUCCAUAUUCCCUCGCCGAUCGUAGUGUCUCCACUGAUACAGAAUAUGCCUAAAGAUGGGCCCAUUUAUCUUACCAUCACAUCUUUCUGCAGUCCCUCUUUUAUCAUCGUUACUUUUUUCGUCAUAACGCGUAUAUCUCUCCUUCAAUCUUACAAGUGCCUUAUGUUCUUUCUUUCUAAUGCUGUAUACCUCGAACCUGGAAAGUGGAUUGAUCCAAUGAAUUUCAUAACGCUUAGUGUCAAUGAAGGCAACCACCCCUUUAUUGAACAGAUUUUGCUUACGGUUUUAAAGGGAAGAAUGUUAAUUUAUUAUGUCAGGAAUCAUGAGAAGCUUCCUGAUCAAGUUACUUUUUGUUAUUGAUAAUUGAGGAUAUCCUUGAAGUGUAUUUACUUUAAUAUCUCCUGGGAGAAGCUUGUGCCCCCUGUGAUGAGUGCCUCUCAUCUACAUCCCAGUGUAGAUGAGAGUAUUUUCUCAACCUCUAUAGGAACCCUACAAUAAGUGAAUGACCUUAUUCGACUCCCUUCUUCCUCGGUGCCUCACAUGCCAACUUUGAACUAUAUCUUCGUGUAUUCAUUAAUCUUAUCUCUAUUCUGUACCACUCUCUAAGAUCAUUGUCCUUUCCCAAAGACUGCA